AUGAUAACCAGUACAAUGAGACAAAGUCUCCUUUCUCCGAAAGAUCGAAUAUCUCGUGGGCUAGCAUCUAAUCGGGAAUUGGAACUGGAGCAGGUAAAUCAAGCUUUGAGAGAUGAGUUAUCAAAUGAAGUUUCAAUCAAUAGGUCCAAUGAGAAAUACAUAAAUGAGUUAGAGCGUAAAUGUAUCAGAUGUGAAAAUGAAAUCCAAUCUCUCAAUAAAGAAUUGGUACGGCUUGAGAAUGUUUCGGAGGGAGAAAAGGCAGAGUUGAGAUUGGAGAUAUCAUCCCUUAAAAGAAGCUUAUAUCAAGCUAAAAAGGAAAUCCGAGAUAAGGAUCAUAUUAUUCCUGUAACUAUGCACAAUGUCAAGAAUAAUCUUGAAGUAAAUUGCGCUACCGCAUCUCAGAAUGAUAAGUCUUCGGUAUCUGAUCAAAUUUCUCAAGAGGUCGAUAGUAAUGAGGGGGGUAAUGAACCAUUGGAGGAUGAAUGGCACGCUCCUGCAGGUUUUAGCCUAGAUUUUGAUGAUCCGUCAUUAAAAAAAACACGUGAUUAA